CCCAACACCCUCCUCGCCUCGCUCCACCAGACUCGCGCGCACCUCUCCAGCCUCUGCCUGCGCCUCACGACCUCUCUGCCACGCCCCCUCCUUCUUUCCUUCACGAACCUCCACACCUCAGCCGGGCCGUUGCUCCCGCGCUUCGGCUGCUCAGCCAGCCCAGACCGGCCAUGGAGUCGGAGCUGCUGCGCGCCGUGUCCAUCGCCUCGGCGCCGCACACGGCCGACGCUGCGCUCGUGGCGCAGGCGCACCAGUACCUCGAGCAGCUCAAGGCCAACACGCACGAGAGCUGGCAGCCGGCAUGGAACGUCUUUGCCGCGCGCCACGUGCCGGGCGGCGAGGGUGGGCAGCACCCGCACAGCGUGCGCAUGUUCGCCCUCAAUCUCGUGCAGGACUUUCUCGAGAACCGGGUAUCGCAGUCGGCCGAUCCCGCCGCCGCAGUGGCCUGGCUGCAGCAAGAAGCGCUGGCGUACGUCAAUGACGAGUUUGUGAAUGGGCAGGCAGAGCGCGGCCUCUCGUUCUUGAAGAACAAGGUGGCACAGGCGCUUUCUCUGCUGCUCGUGCAGAGCUACUCGCUGCCGCCGCCCUACACGCUGCUGGCCACGCUGCUCUCCCUCACGCGCGACUCUGCGGGCGCCCUGCGGCCGGCCAGCACCGAUCUGGUGCUGCGCAUCAUGCACGAUCUGUCCCUCACACUUGGCUCCGACACGAUGCUGCGCGCGGUGCGCUCGCGCGAGCGCCUGGCGCGCGACGGCGCGGUGCGCGACGAGAUCCGCGCACACAACGCCGCGGCCAUUGCCCAGAUGCUGUGGGCGACGGUGCAGGAGAGCCUGGGCAACGUUGGCUCGGGCAGAUGGCCGGACAAUACUGCAGAGGAGAUCACGGAGCAGGCCGUGCGCGUCGUUGGCGACUACGUCUCAUGGACCGACAUCUCGCUCAUGGUCACGCCGGAGACGGUGCAGAUUCUGUACACGCUGCUGCAGCACUCAUCACCCGCACUACGCAACGUGGCCGCCGAGUGCCUGUACGAAGUGACGACAAAGGGCAUGCUUGCGCCGGACAAGAUUGAGCUGCUGCGCGCGCUGGACCUCACCACGGUCGUCGACAGUCUCGAACAGUCGACGCGCGGCAAGACCGAGUCGGGCGAGCCGGACAAUGAGUUCCGCGAGCGCCUCGCCAAGCUGGCCAAUGCAAACAGCAUGGAGCUGGCGCGCAUCAUCGAAGACACUGCCGUGGAUGCGGCCGUGCGAGCGCAGGCCGACGAUCUGCUCAUGCGCUCGCUGCCGCUGGCGCUCACGUUUCUGGGCGACGAGUACGACGACAUGGCCGAGGUCAUCCAGCCGUGUCUCAGCCAGGCGCUCACCAUCCUCAAAAAGGCGCGACGUGCCUCGCCAAACGCUGCGCUAGACUCGCUCUUCUCGCCCGACAAGCGCGCCUUUCUCGCUUCGCUGCUCGACGUGUGCCUCGCCAAGAUGCGCUACGACGAGGACGCUGAGUUUCUCGGCGGCGACGACACGUACGAGGCGGACAGCGAAGACGACGAGACGGCGCACUUUAUGAUGCUGCGCAAGAGUCUGCAGGUCAUGGUGCAGGCCAUUGCCGCCAUCGACGAGACGCUCUUCAUGACGCGUGUCCAGACGCUCAUCCACGAAACGCUCAAUGCCUGCGACGCCGGCCUUGCGGGCACAGGGCCGGCGCUCACCUGGCAGCAGGUCGAGGUGGCGCUCUUUGCUGCGUACUGGUUCGGCGAGCUCAUUCUCGCCGCGACUGGACAGCCAAAAGCAGGCAUCGUUCCGACGUCCUUUGUGGUGCUGCCGCCCGGCGAGGCUGCCAAGGCCAAGCGAGCAAAAGGCACCGUGUCGACGUACACCAACGCGCCGCUCAACCCGCUCGGCGAGACGAUGCAGCACCUCGUUGACUCGCAGGUGUCGGCCUUUCCGCACGCGGCCGUGAAGCUGCAGUUCUUCGAGUGCAUGGUGCGCUAUGCCGCCUUCUUCCAGGCACGGCCACAGAGCAUCGGCGCCGUGCUGCCGCCGUUCCUCGACGAGCGCGGCCUGCACCACGCGCGCGCGGGCGUGCGGCAUCGCGUCAACUACCUCUUCUUCCGCCUCAUCAACGCCACGCGCGCCGUCAUUAGCCCCGAGUUCGUGCGCGGCGUGCUGGAACGCAUCCAGGACCUGCUCGUCAUCGAGGCCGAACUGCCGUCGGUGCUCGAGGGCGAGGAUCCGCUGGAGCGGGCAAUGGAUGUCGUCGGCACCAUCGACAGCCAGCUUAACCUCUUCGAGGCCAGCGGCAUCAUGCUAGCGUCGCUGCGGCAGGCGCCCGAGACGCAAGUUGCUCUGCUGCGCGCCAUCGUGGAUCCCAUGCUCGUGCAGCUGCGACAAGCCGUGCAGACCUACACGGGCGAGCGGCAAGACCUGCGCGCCGUGCUGCAGGCGCACCAUCUCUUCCUCGCCUCCAGCACGCUCUCCAAGGGCUUCCCCGAUAUUACGCCCGAGACGCAGAGUACCGACGCGAGCGCCUGGGUCGUCGUCUUCAAGGACAUCACGGAGCGCAUCCUCGAGGCGCUUGGCGAGCUGAGCCACUUUGCCAUCAUCCGCGAGGCGGCGCGCGGCGCCUUUUCGCGCAUGGUCGCCACGUGUGGCGAUGUGGUGCUGCCGUACGUGCCGGCGCUGCUGAAUGGCUUGCUCAGCGAGACGCAGCCCAAGGAGCUCGUCGAGGUGCUCUCCUUCGUCGGACUCAUUGCGUCGCGCUACAAGGCCACGAUUCGGCCCGUGAUGGACGAGCUGCUGAUUGUGCUCGUCUCGCGCGUCUUCCACUUUCUUAACCGCGAGGUGGCGGGCACGGACGAUGCGGUGGAGCGCACGGAGUUGAUUCGCGCGUACAUCGGCCUGCUCUCGGUGCUGCUGGGCGCCAAUCUCGAGGGCGUGCUGCGCUCCGAGAAGAACCAGCCGCAGCUAGAGGGCAUCCUCCAGAGCCUCGUCUUCUACGCCACCAGCGCCGACGUCAACACGCAACGCGCGACCUUUUCGGUGCUGCAUCGCCUCGUCGCCGUCUGGGGUGGCGCUCCCGGCACGGCUGCGCCUGGCAACACGCCGGCCGGCGCCACGCGCGAGCCGCUGCCGGGCUUCGAGCAGUUCAUCUACGAGACGCUCGUGCCACUCGUCUUUGAGGCGCCCUCCAAGCCGACGUUUGAGCUCGGCGAUGCGCAGUCGCAGCAGGUGCUCCUCGAGAUUGCCACGCUGCUCAAGACGAUCGCAGAGGUGCGCGGCGACGAGGCCCUCUCGUAUCUUACCACCGUGUACUUUCCACGCGUGGGAUGCCCGUCCGACAUGGGCCAGGAGUUUGCGCAGAGCCUCAAGCUGCAAGACUCGCGGCAGCUGCGCAGGGCACUGCACACGUUCAUCGAGAAGUCGCGCGGCGGCUGAUGAUGAGCAAGAAGAAGGGGGCCGCCGCCUGCGACCGGGCCCUCCGCGCUCUGCUCUGUCCUCUCCACUCUCUCUCUUCCCCUCUCUACACACCCGUCUCUCUCACACACAUCCCCCUCUACUGCACGCCUACACUGCCAUCGUCGCUGCCUCUCUCCAUCACAGUCACCCUCUUACAACAACGCCAUACUUGCCCGCAAAGUAAUCACCAACAUCAUGCCUUGG